CCUCUAGUGCCACUGCGGAGAGAGAAAUGGCAUUAGAAAAAUAUUCUCUAAUUUUGACACUAUCUAUGGAUGCAGAGUAACCUGAUGUUCCACAGCUGUAUUUGGGAGUCUUGGUUAAUUGUGUUCAGUCUAUCGGUGCACGCGCUACACGCUGCGCACUUUGGCGGUGGUGACAGUCAAACUAUGUUAGCUGUUUUCUCAACCAGUGUAAUCUAAGGAAUUAAUCGUUAUACAGGACUAUACACCAGCAACACGUACCCAGAACCGUGGAGCGUGACUCCCGCUGGAUGUAACGUUGAGCGGAGUGACGCGGGUCGUGUGCGGGCGAAUAGAGCCGUGGCGGAGCAAACGCACGAAGUCCAAAUUCCAUCUCCCUUUCCGUGUCCCGGUGCUUCUUCCCGCCCCAUAACGGAGAUGUUGUUCCUCGGAAUACUGCUCAGCAUCUUCAUACAAGAUGUGGUCACCUCCUUGCCGCCCCUCCCCCCGGGCAUUAUGGACUGUGUGGAGGCAGAGAGUGGGUGUGAAGCAGAUCCCCAGUGCAAGGAGCUGUACAGCACCUUGCGGUACUGUGUGUCUGAGGAGGAGGUGGCUCCGCAGGGGAGCAAGGCCAGGAUAGGGUGCCUGGAGGCCCUGAGCGCCCUGCACUACCCCCCCCUGUUGGCCUGCAAGUGUCAGCGCGGCGCACGCAGAGAGGAGCACUGCCUCCGAGUCUACUGGAGUGUCAGGAUCCUGCAGAGUUAUGAGGACUUGGAGGCGUCUCCCUAUGAUGACUCGUCAGUGGAAAUGUCUCACAUGGCCUCCAUAGUGGCCGCAGCCUCCUCUCUUCCUCUAGAUGGACAGAACGCGUGUCUGAAGGCAGCCCAGGACUGUGGUCUGUAUGAGAAAUGCGGGUCCUUGAGGUCUGAGUACGUCCUGGCCUGCACUAAGCGCGUCCCAGGCUCGGAACACUGCAACAGGCAGAAGUGCCACCGGGCGCUGCGGCGCUUCCUGGAGCGUGUCCCAGGGGAGUACAGCCUGGGGUUGUUGUUCUGCCCCUGUACUGACAAACUGUGUGGGGAGAGACGCAGGAAGACCAUCGUCCCUUCCUGUUCCUACCAGGAGAGAGACGGGGAACAGCCCAACUGUCUGCAUCUGCAGAGCUCCUGCACGAGGGACCAACUCUGCAGGUCCAGACUGGCUGAUUUCCAGCAUAACUGCCAGUCCUCCGGCCACUCCCCCUCGGGCUGUUUCAGAGAUAGUGGAACAGUGUGCCUCAAAUCCUACGCCGGACUCAUCGGCACCAUCAUGACCCCCAACUACCUUAGCAACAGCACUAUGGACGUGGCCCUGUGGUGCAAUUGUGAGGGCAGUGGCAACCAAUGGAAGAACUGCCUGAAGAUCCAGAACAUGUUCACCAAUAACGUCUGUCUGGAGAACUCCAUAAGUACCAUGGGUAGCUCCCCCCCCCGGCCAGUGGAGAGCAUUCUUCCCCCUUCCCCUCGCCCCUCCCCCCUGGACCAGCAGAACAAACUCAGCAACAACGCCCAGGAUGAGCUCAGCAACAACGCUGUGGAGCAGAGUGAGGAAGAGGAGGAAGAGGAGGAGGGGGGUCAGUUUGACGUGAUCCCUCUCUAUGCUGAGAAGGCCACGGUGUCCAAUCUGGGUUCUGGGGGUGGGGGGGUGUCCCCCCGUCUGUCCUCAGCCCCCCCUCCCUCCCUGCUGCUGCUCCUUCUGCUACUGUCUGCCUCUCUGAGCUGGGGGUAAGGAGGGGCGGGGCCCUUGCACACAGACAGAGACUCUGAGAAAGGCACAGAGAGAGAGAGGAGGGAGAAAAUAAGAGAAGAUGAAGGACCUCUAGUGUUUAUUGCUUCCUUCCUUCUCUCUUCCUUUUGAGACAGUCUUGUACAGUCUGGUUUCUUUUUUUUGCUUCACCUCCCACUGUCAGGUGAUGGUUUUGCCCGAUGGAGACUUUUUGUGUAUGACAGACAUAGAGGUGAACCAACUCCACAGUGACAGAGGGGGGUUAUAAAACUGAGUGACUUGAUAUAUGAUAUGUGAGUAAUUUCCUCCUUUGGUGAAGACGUGACAGGUUACCUUGAGUCCGAUGGCGCUUUAGUAUAUCCAAGCUUCACUCUGUCCAUUCAUACCUCUGCUCUGUACUCUCCAGUGAUGGAGAAGUGCUUACAGUCAGUGUUAGGAAGGAAUGUACACUGAGUAUACCAAACAUUAGGAACACCUUCCUAAUAUUGAGUUGCCCUCAGAACAGCCUCAAUUCGUUGGGGCAUGGACUCUUGAAGGUGUCGAAAGCGUUCCACCGGGAUGCUGGCCCAUGUUGACUCCUGUGCUUCCCACAGUUAUAUCAAGUUGGCUUGAUGUCCUUUGGGUGGUGAACCAUUCUUGAUACACACGGGAAACCGUUGAGCAUGAAAACCCAGCAGCGUUGCAGUUCCUGACACAAGCCCGUGCGCCUCAAAGGCACUUGCAUCUUUCGUCUUGCCCAUUCACCCUCUGAAUGGCACACAUACACAAUCCAUGGCUCAAUUGUUUCAAGGCGUAGAAAUCCUUCUUCAACCCGUCUCCUCCCCUUCAUCUGCACUGAUUGAAGUGGAUUUAACGAGUGACAUCCAUAAGGGAUCAUAGCUUUCACCCGGAUUCACCUGGUGAGUCUGUCACGCAAAGAGCAGGUGUUCAUAAUGCAAGCGCUUUUGGUUUAUUGCUCUAUUUGUGUCUAAAUGACUCAGCACAGGCCUGGGAGAAAAACCAGCUGCAGAAAUACAAAUAAAACAGCAUCAUCAAAAAAAACGGAAACAAUAUGAGUAAUAAAAAAUCAAAUAUCUUCUCAGUAGGUGUGGACGCCCGUCUGGGGUUGACACUCGCAGGCAGAGAAGGAGAGAGAAGGAAAUAGAGAGAGAGGGAGAAAGAAACAGACAGAGAGAGAGAAUGAGACAGAGGGAGAGAGAAGGAAACAGAGAGAGAGAGAGAAAGAAACAGAGAGAGAGAGAGAAUGAGACAAAGAGGGAGAGAGAAGGAAACAGAGAGAGAGAGAGAAAGAAACAGAGAGAGAAACAGAGAGAGAGAGAAACAGAGAGAGAGAGAGAGAGAGAGAAACAGAGAGAGCAACAGAAGACAAGGGAUAAAGAGGGAGUGAGUUUCUCGUGUAUCGUCCAUUUACUCUGCACUUUUUACUUGUUUCAAUUGAGAUAAUGUGAUCUGGUGUGAACUCUUUGGCUGGAAUUCAUUCAAACCCACCAGUGUCUUAUGUUCACAAUAUUCAUCCCGUUCCCACACAUUUCUAAUUAUGAAAAGUGAAAGCAUACCUGUGAGAGGGGUUGCCAUGGUAGUAGUUGUGGGUUUUUAUUCAGUACCAAAGAUCAAUCUGUCAGUUAACUUGAUCAUUGGAAAAAGCUACUGCGGAAAUACUGCAAUGCGAGUUAGAUUGAAUUGAGACCGUCAUAUUCUGGUGAGCUCUGGGGGGAAAAUCGUUGGCGAGGAGCGAUAGAGGGAGAGAGAAAAAGAGUGAACCAGACAGAGAGAGAGACCCUCGAGCACAAACAUACCGCGGAGAAUCGCUGGCCCUAUAUUUCCUCUGUCUUAUAAAUCUUUUGCUGACACUAAUGUUUUUUUUUUGUCUCCUCUAUUUCUGUGGAACGUGUAAAAUUAACUUCCAUCCGGAGGGGUUGGAGAUGGUGGUGGACAAAGAAAGGAGGGGUGGGGGUGGGGGGUUGUGGGGUUAGGGAGGGGCUGAAGUGAUGGAAGGUCUGCAGUAUGCAUCUUGCAUCACUCCCCAGGCCCUAAUAUCAAAUUAUAACCCCCCCCACACAUACACCAACUGUCCACCUGAACAACAGUCCCUUACACAUAUUGUCUGUCAGUCAGUCAUUCUUUUCUAAAGGAAAGGGGAACAUGCUUACAUGAAGAUCUAUGCUUCCAUUCCGUGGAACAUGAGCAUCAUGAAAACCAAGGUCAGCUAGCCGCUCACAGAUCUCCUUCUGGGGUUAAUUGAGAGCAGGGAGGAGAAUAGGUGGUAGAUUGAUGUGCCUGUCAGGCCUGUGUGGGGUCUUUACGAGGCCUGUUGUUAUUUUUUAAUUGUUGUCGCGGCCGUUUGUCGUCUGCUGACACCUCGCCACUGCCAACAGACAGACUGAGAGAUGGAGAAGGGGAGGAGAAAAGGAUACCAAUCAUUUACAUCAAUAUCACUGAAAUAAAUAAGUUGAGAAGCCAUGCGUUAAAUCAACUGACAUAGAGUAGGAGGGUAGCUGAAGGGAUUAUUUUACCGUUCUUGUUCGCUUGUAAUACAGCUCUAUCAUAAACACUCACACACACACAUAGGCACGCACGCACACACACACACACACACACACUCACACACAUACGCACACACACACACACUCAGUUAAAUAUCAGUUCAUUGGUGUCUGAUUGCCAUGGACCUGAGCAUUGUAAUUCAUCAUUGGCCUGACACAGGAAUGUUAGCAGCACCAUGGCUUAGUUAUACUGUUCACUGCGGAGAGACAGUCAGUGAAAUAAAAACAAAGCAAGAAAAACACAAACAGAAAGGGACACAAGGAACUAGAAUGACACACGCGACACACACUCCGUAAGAAACGUGUACAGGGAGAGAUGAAGGGAGGAACGCGGAGGGGGAGAAUGAGAGACGGAGAGGAAGAGAGAGUGAGAGCUGACAUGGCCUGCGGGCUUGUAUCAGUAUUAGUGCUGUAGCUUGGCUUACCCUUCUUGAUCUAUUUCGCACUCCCUGGGUCCUAAAGCAUCAUCUCUCUACUGUAGCACAGCCUCGCAAAAAUCCGCCACAGCUCUGCUGCUACAGGAAGACACACGGUGGAGGAGGACAGAGCAGCAUUCCAAGAGUUUCUGUUAGUUUAAAACAAUUAACAGCAGAAACAAAAAGCAGAAAGGCUUGUUUGAGAACGACCCUUCCUAAACUCCUCCUUUAACGCCACACCCGUGACACACGCAUUCGUUGAUUGUAUUCAUGCAUAGGCUCAGCGUUCCUUGUGUGACGCAUUUCUGUGUGAAGCGUUUCUGUGUAAAGUGUUUCUGUGUGUGAACAACCAGUUUUCUAUGCUCUAUACCCACCCUGCCCUGCUUUCACGUUCAUAAUCACCUUCAAUAAUCACCCAUCUUUGAUUGACAGUACUGUACUGCAUACUCAUUAAGUAAUUACCACCAACAAUGUCAUGUUGUAUUGAGUGUGUAGCGGCCAUCAGGAUGACUUAGUGUGGAUGUGUUCGUGUCUUGGACAUAGGGAUGACUCUUGUCAGGUCAGAGGAUGCUCAAUGGUUACAGUGUUUUCAUGCUGCAUCUGUACUCAGCACUGUCUGUCUGUCUGUCUGUGUAUCCCUGGUGAUGCUUUGUCUCUGCCUCUGUUUGCUGAAGCGCUAAAUAAUGCUAAAUGGUGCUGAAUAAUGAUCAGAUGUUUUCUAUCCCAGCACCUCCAGAGGUGAAGCAGCCCUUUUUAGCAUUUUUCCGCCCGGUGGGCCUUGCCUCCUGCAGGUAGCUGGCCCAAUGGGCUGAUGGGUAUUCAGGAGGGGAGAGGACGCACGCUGGGACUGCAAAUGAGACACGCAUUCAUGAGCAGGCAGAACUGAACUGCCUGACUACUCUGCGCAGCAACAAUAUGAUGAUGAAAGGCUUUUUUUCCCCCCUCUCUCGCUCUCCUGAACGCUGCAACGCUGAGUGGACCGAUCUCUCUUCCUAGUCAGGCUGCGAGACUUUUCCGCCACUAUCUUUUAUGUGCCGAUUGGACAAUGGAAAGUGACAGGAACGACCAUUCAGGAUCACUGAACUGUUCUGCUGGUGUUCAAGAAUACGAAAACAAAUCGUGAUGCUAAUACACUGAUUCUCUUCACCCUGCUCCCUUUAAGCAUGUCUGUGUACCACAGGAGAGGGCCAGCUUUCUCCCCCCUACCCAUCAGAACAGGUUCUGUUCUGACUCCUCCUCUACACACCCUGCACAGUGUCUGGAUCAGGUUGUGUUAUGUGCUUUUCCUCUCUCUGCAGUUCAGACACACACCUCCACUGUGUACAUGAAUAUAAUAAAAAAAAUAUAUAUAUGAUCUUCCGUUUUCUUCCGUUCUCUUCCUGGAACUGUUGUGAAUGCACUGACUAGAGUAUCAAAUUGAAAUGUGGAACCUGAAAGCCAGUUCCCACUGCUUUUUUCAUCCUUCCCCUCGAACCAGGGACCGAUUUAGACCUAGGAUGCCAGCUGGGAGCAGUGAAUUAUCAUCUCGUGGGGUCAGAGUUGAAUGCUCAUGUACUAGACCAUGUACAUGAGCAAGUCAAGAAAAGGCAUUUGAAUAACAGAGAUGGCACUUAUCCAAUGUGCCUCCCUCAACAGUGGACUGCAUUUAAUGGGCACAUAUAAAAAGGCCUGUAGAUGAACUUCACAUGCAUCCAACUCUCUGUCCUAGUUCUGACAUGGUGAUACUGUGUUGUGGCAGUGAUGAUGAUGAUGAUGACGAUGAUUGAAACACUACAUCAGGUUCAAUGGCCUUUGUCAGUGUGUGGUUAAUGAAAUCACUGUGAUGUAUUUCUGCUUUGUCUCAGUUCUCCUCAAUAGUACAUUCUCCAGUGCAUUAUUAAAGCAUUGAAGAGCGACUACAAAACUACCAAACACUGUGGUCACAUAGAGGGGGUUGGUUGUUUAGCAACAAAACUGAGGCUUGUGCAACUGUCGGGCAGAACAGACGGCGUUGGCUUUGAUUUGUUGACAACGUGUAAACUAUAUUUCCCCUCUCCAAAUGUUUAUUGAAAACAUAACUACAUUUGCACAAUGAGCACUUGUUGUCUCUCAAAUACAUUUUACAGUUGUAAGGUAGCUAAGCUAGUCAUUUUAUGCCAUCUUAGCAUAGGCAUGGCAUCAGUCAAAACCCCUCAAAACAAGACAUGGUAUCAAUAACAAGAUGCAACGAGCUGAAACGAGUCCCACAUGAUUCCCCACAUGCCAGCUUCUUGUCAUUGUUGCGAGCUAUCCGACGGCUCAGAAUCAUAACAACGCAAGCCUUCCGGCCACAUUGGUGACGUUUGUCAGCUAAACCGCACACACUGACGCGCACAACACACUAACACUGACACAUACAGAUACACAAAUAUACACUGUCUGUGAGUCAGAGGAGCCCCAAUCACAGACCUAUUAAAUAAUCAGACAGGUUUCUCUCCCACUGUGUCUAAUCAAAACGAAUAGGUCUCCUGCUCUCUGUUCCUCCGUGACCACUCUGCCCACGGGCUGUGUGUGUGUGUGUGUGUGUGUGUGGUGCACGUUGGCACAGACUAAAGGGGCUGGUUUGUCGUGACUCUAUCCGUCUGUCAGUAAGAGAAAGGGUUCUAGUCUGUGACAGACAGGACCUGUAAUUAGAGUGGUGCACAUUGGCAUUACAUGGCUCGUGUGUGUGUGUGUGUGUGUGUGUGGGUGCACGUUGGCACAGACUAAAGGCCUUGUUUACUCUCUCUCUCUAUGCCUUUCUCUCUACCUUAUCCUCCGUCCUCCCUGGGGAACCCAACAAACUUUUCCUCCUGAGUCCGUUCAGACAGAUGAGUGUUCAGACGGAGAGAGAUGGAGGAGCAGGAGACCCAGUAAAGCUUUUAAUCUGUAAAUGGAGAGAGAGGUAUCCAGUAAUGGUCAUUUAAGCAUUAAGCCCUCCUCCGUCCACCUCGUUUGUGCUUCCUAAUGCUCCUUAAACAUUUACGACCCUGAUGAUAACAAAGGAAGACUGCAGCCUAAUCAGAUCAAUGCUGGUUAAAAAC